UGCUUCUGGAGCACAACUGAGUACCAAGUUGCAGUAAUAACCCGAAGAAGUUUGACAGAAGCAGCACCAUGCGGACAUUAGUUUUCAUCGCACUGGUUCUGUUUACCGUGGUAGCCGCCGGAGUAACCUCCCGGGCUACUAGGCAGGCAAAGCCACGCUUUAACCAAGAGUUAUUUGCACGACACAGCAGUCACCCGAAGUCGACGGCUACAGGCGCCAAUCCGCACGAAUCGGUGGUCGUUGAGCACUUCUUCAGCACGCAAGUGGACCAUUUCGACCUGCAGAACACAGAACAAUGGACGUUGCGAUACUUCUCUAAUACCGAACUUUACCGGGAUGGAGGACCCAUUUUCAUUUUUCUGGGAGGAUUCCGGCCGAUUGUCCCGAGCAUGAUCGGCGAUACAACGCUUAUCUAUGAAAUGGCACGGGAGGUUAACGGUGCGAUUUUUGCGUUCGAGUCCCGGUUCUACGGUAUCAGUCAGGUUACCGGAGAUUUGAGUACUGAGAAUCUCAGCCUGUUGAACGCGGAUCAAAUAUUGGCAGAUUUGGCUGAAUUCGUGACGCACAUCAGACGAGAGUUCAUCGAAGAUGAGAAUGCCCGAGUUCUGGUCGCUGGCAGUGAAUGGGGAGGCGGUCUUGCUGCUUGGUUCCGUAUCCGUUAUCCACAUCUGGGAAAUGCCGCUUGGUCGUCAAGUGGCUACAUGAAUGCCAUGGUGAAUUUCGCAGACUUUUCGGAGGCUUGGGGAGACACUAUGAUCAACCACGGUAGUCAGGAAUGCUACAGUGAAAUAUUUGUGGCAUUCCACGUGAUGCAAAAUCUGAUCGACAUGGGAAGAGCUGAUGUGUUGUUCGACAAGUUCAACAUUUGCCACGAAAUCGACGCGGACAACGAGUUCCAGGUUCAAUAUUUCUUCUAUACUCUGAUGGGAUCAAUAGAGCUCUUCACCAUUGCCAGAAAAAAUCUUGCUGAUUUCACCGAGGUGUGUGAUGCAAUCACCGGUGCUGAUUCAGAUACCGCCGUAGACUCUUUUGCCAAUUGGUUCAAUAACCGAUGGCUUGAUGAUGACGAAUGUCUCGUAUCGGAUCCAGACGUGUCCGUUGAAAGAUUCCAAGAUACCGACUGGGAGUCCGAUUUCAAUGCACUGGGUGCCCGCCAGGCGCUGUAUCAGGAAUGCACCGAGUUUGGUUGGUUCUUCACCACGGAUUCACCCUUCCAGCCGUUCGGGGAUCGCGUCGGAGUGGAUUUCUUCAUUGAAUUGUGUAGCCGAAUAUUCGGCGAAUGGAUUACCCUUGAAACCAUCACGCAAGGGGUCGAUCGUUCGAAUAAUCGUUUCGGUGGUAUCAACCCUGGAGCCAGCCUGACUCAUUUCACUAACGGUGAUGCCGAUCCAUGGAGGAAGAUAGGAAUUACACGUAACAUAACACAGGAUAUUACUGCCGUCAUAAUUCCCGACCAGCUCGGUAGUUCGGAUUUACCUGCGAUUUCGGAAGAUGAUCCCAUCGAAUUACAAACCAUUAAGCGCAAAUUGAAGAACACGAUUCUGGGUUACCUCUUCCCAGACGCACCCGUGGCUCCCGCUAAUGUGUAACGUGACGUAUUUGGAAUAAAGCGAUAACUGAAUGUUGUACU